UAGGGUGAGAGGCGAUCGCGGACGGGGAGUGCGGCGGGCGCAGCCGGAGCGGGAGCGGAGCGGGAGAGCCAUGCUGGCCAACGCGGCCACGAUGCGGAUCCUCAUCAAGGGGGGGAAGGUGGUGAACGACGACUGCACGCUGGAGGCGGACGUCUACAUCGAGAACGGCAUCAUCCAGCAAGUGGGCCGCGAGCUCAUGAUCCCCGGCGGCGCCAAGGUCAUCGACGCCACCAGCAAGCUCGUCAUCCCCGGCGGCAUCGACACCAGCACCCACUUCCACCAGACCUUCAUGAACGCCACCUGCGUGGACGACUUCUACCACGGCACCAAGGCAGCCCUGGUGGGAGGGACGACGAUGAUCAUCGGCCACGUGCUGCCCGACAAGGAGACCUCGCUGCUGGACGCCUACGAGAAGUGCCGCAGCCUGGCUGACCCCAAGGUGUGCUGCGACUACGCCCUGCACAUGGGCAUCACUUGGUGGGCGCCCAAGGUGAAGGCGGAGAUGGAGACGCUGGUGCGGGAGAAGGGGGUGAACUCCUUCCAGAUGUUCAUGACCUACAAGGACCUGUACAUGCUGCGGGACAGCGAGCUCUACCAGGUCUUCCGCGCCUGCCGCGACUUCGGUGCCAUCGCCCGUGUGCACGCCGAGAACGGCGAGCUGGUGGCCGAGGGAGCCAAGGAGGCGCUGGAUCUGGGCAUCACGGGGCCCGAGGGCAUCGAGAUCAGCCGGCCGGAGGAGCUGGAGGCCGAGGCCACGCACCGCGUCAUCACCAUUGCCAACAGGACCCACUGCCCCGUCUACCUGGUGAACGUCUCCAGCAUGUCGGCGGGGGACGUGGUCGCCGCCGCCAAGAUGCAAGGGAAGGUGGUGUACGCGGAGACGACCACGGCGCACGCCACGCUCACCGGGCUGCACUACUACCACCAGGACUGGUUCCAUGCCGCGGCCUACGUCACCGUGCCGCCCCUCCGCCUGGACACCAACACCUCCGCCUACCUCAUGAGCCUGCUCGCCAACGACACGCUGAACGUCGUCGCCUCUGACCACCGGCCCUUCAGCCCCAAGCAGAAAGCCAUGGGCAAGGAGGACUUCACCAAGAUCCCGCACGGCGUCAGCGGCGUGCAGGACCGCAUGAACAUCAUCUGGGAGCGAGGCGUGGUCGGGGGCAAGAUGGACGAGAACCGCUUCGUGGCCGUGACCAGCUCCAACGCCGCCAAGAUCCACAACCUGUACCCGCGCAAGGGCCGCAUCAUCCCCGGGGCCGACGCCGACGUCGUGGUGUGGGACCCCGAGGCCACCAAGACCAUCUCGGCCAGCACCCAGGUGCAGGGGGGGGACAUCAACCUGUACGAGAACAUGCGCUGCCACGGGGUGCCCCUGGUCACCAUCAGCCGCGGGCGCGUGGUCUACGAGAACGGCGUCUUCAUGUGCGCCGAGGGCACCGGCAAGUUCUGCCCCCUCCGCUCCUUCCCGGACUCCGUCUACAAGAAGCUGGUGCAGCGGGAGAAGAGUUUAAAGCUCCGGGGUGUGGAUCGCACCCCGUACCUGGGGGACGUGGCCGUGGCCGUGCAUGCCGGGAAAAAAGAGACGGGGACGCCGCUGGCGGAUACGCCCACGCGGCCGGCCACGCGGCACGGGGGCAUGAGGGACCUGCACGAGUCCAGCUUCAGCCUAUCCGGUUCUCAGAUCGAUGACCACGUUCCAAAGCGAGCUUCGGCCCGGAUUCUCGCUCCCCCCGGAGGCCGGUCGAGCGGCAUUUGGUAGAGCCGGCGACCUGUCCCCCAACUGAGGACGCGGGCGCUGCGCCCCACGCCGCCCCCGCCCCGCCGCCGGCCGGCCGGGCCCCCCCGGGGGGGCUCCCCGCGCCGCCCGAGCCCUGCACCAGCGUGGCUGCCGCCGCCGCCGCCGAGCCGAGCCGAGCCCAGGGCGGGGGGGGGCCGCCGGCGCGGGGCGGGGGGCCGCCCCGGCCCUUUUCUGUUUGCACGUUGGGUUUGGAUCAGUGAUUUUUCUUUUUUCCUUUCCUUUUUUCGACUUGUUUGUGCAUCACGUGGAAAUAAUCUGAAGUGGUUUGUGUCGCUAGCGUUAGGGGAGAAGCGGGAGAAGCGGGGACCCCGGCCCACCCCUCCCUGCCCGUCCCAUCCCGGGGGCGCCCGUUUGCACACGCGCGUGCAACCCGCCGCGCGCCGUGCCGCGGGCUCCCCGCUGCCCCGUGCACGCGCCCGGCCCUGCGCGCGGGGUCUCCAGCGGCACACGCGUGUGCACGCGUGCCGGGAGCGUGCCCCGGCCCUCUCCAUCCCCGCCGCCCUCCGGCCCCGGCCCCGGGCUCUCGGCCCCGCCGACGCAAUGGUGCUAUCCCGGCCCCGCUCCCCUCUCCCGUCUCCUCCGCCUUGUUCCUUCGGGGUAGUGUGAAAUGUGAAAUGUAACUUGUGCACUUUUCCCCCCUAGUUGGUCGCCGUAGGCGCGCGGGCGGGCGGCCGGGGGUCCCGGCGGCGGCGGUGGCCCGGCCCCCCGGGCAGCCCUGCCCGCCCCCCCGGGUAGUAGCGUGUUGGCCGUUUUAGGAACCUGCCGUGCGUUUCUGUUUGCUCAUUAAAGACGGUUCUCACAGCG